CAGCUAAUCAUGGCGGCUUGUUUGGAAUGAACGAGCAAAAGGCAGUCACGAAAACAUAAAGAAAUAAAGUAACAGCCUCUGUUUUCCAAGCCACGAAGCAUCCGCGAAGCAGUUAAAACAAUAAUGUCGAGCGGAAGUCGCGCUGUUGUUGCUGUUUCAGUGAAGGAUGACAGAGCCGAGGACACAUGUUGCUGCUGCAGAGUUCACUGAGCUGUGGAGCAGUGUGUCCACACUCAGACACAACAAAGUACAGGACAAGAAAACGCCCGGUACAACAACAUCAACAACUUCAGCCAUGUGUAACGGUGAGGCUGCGGAUCUGUUUAGAUCUGCAGAGUCCUCAGCGCAGAGGCUGCAGCAGAUACCCCGGCUUGAAUAAUGGGGAUUCUCCAGGUGAUGUGGAACCAUCACAGGACAUCUUCUGGGAUUCCACAUCGCCCACAGCAGAUACAGGGCUGGGGCUCAGGAACACUAGAGUAGUGGAAAUAUCAGAUAUUGUAAACCGUAUUGCUCCAAAGGAUGUGAAACUGAAGAGGACUGAAUCUCCUCUGCUGCAGUGGAUAGGUGACAGCGCCGUCCCUUGCACACCGGAUGUUCCAAAGCCAAGAUUCAAGAAGAGGUCCUCUCGGCAGAGCAGUGUGGAGGACCUCAUGAAACUGGCCAGGCAGUUUGACGAGAAUAUGCAGCAAGACAGGGAGACUUCGAAACAGCUUAACACUGUCAACAAUAACCUCAAUGAAUGUGUAAACACUUCUAAAAUAAAACUGCCAGAGACAUCAUCCCCUAGCAAUGUGAAGGACCUGAAGUGUCCAUCCUCAGCGGAUAAGGUGGAGGCAGAGCUGCACGCCCUGUUUGACUGCUCCACUCAGAGGUUCAGCGGCCGGCUCAGCCAGGGCUCCUCAGCUUCUGCCCAUUCACAGGAAAUAAAACACCAACCUCUGACUUCAACUUCAGCUGAACCCCGACAACCAGAGCUCAAGUCAGCUGACAGGUCUGGCACAGCUGCACGUCCUGAUGAAGACAGAGGCUCUUGUGGUUUUAGUGCAAACAAUUGUGACGACUUUGAUGACGACUGGGAGAAUGAUGACCUACUUAAUGACUCUGUUUUGCUGGCGAUGACCCAGAAUCCUGACCAGCAGCAUGACACCAACGUUAAAACCACCAUGCAGUCUAACAGUAAGACAAACACUAUCAAGUCCACCUCUGUUUGCAAGCCCACUGCAAGCACAAACUCUGCACAUCAGCCAUCAAACCUGCACUCAAAGACAAGCUGCAGUGCACUCCAGGAAUUGUGUCCCAAGCCAAAGACUAGCAACCGAAGCACUUUCAAGUUACAGCCCAACCCUCACUUUCAGCCCAAGACGGCUGCCAAGGUGAUUUCCAAGACCAGCUUCACUGUUAUACAGCCACAAUCCAAGUUGUCUGACCAGAAAUCUGCCACCACAAAGACACUGUCUAUUCCUAUUCCUGACAAGAACACUAAUGAUGAGAAGGGGACUGAUGUAGCUGCAGAGUCUGUUAAAGGCAUUUCAGACAGCUUAUGGGAUGAUGGGGACGAUGACGAGCUGCUCUACCAGGUAUGUGACAGCGUCGAGAGGAUCUCCAACAGUCAACCGCAGCUAGUGAGCCCCAACACCUGCCAAGAAAAACAAGAUAUCACUGGAGAUGGACAGCGAAAAACCCCUGCGCCUCUGCCAAUCGACACGUCCCGAUUCACGAUCGCUGGUGCCAGCGCUAAUAGACAGUCGCCAUGUGCUUUUGUCCGUUCUAACUCAUUACCGGAGACUAGCAGUGGAACUUUGAACUACCAAGGAUGGAAUAUUCCCAUGAAUGGUGCCAGCAACAAAUCACAGAUGUCUCACAGCCUCCCAGGAAGCCAUGUGAGUCUGGGCACAUUCAACCAGUGCAAGGAUUCCUCUGGAACUUUCCAGGCCGGGAAUAGCAGUGUGGAUGUGAAGCCGCAUACAGUGACAGCCCGGGCACCGCAGAACUCCAAGUCCCAUCACACAGCCUUCAAGAGAAAUGUGUCUGACUCAGCAGCUAUAUGCAACAAAGUUUUUGUCACAAACCAGAUGACGUUGAAGUGCUCUGCAGCUGAGAUUGAGAGGAAGAAGCAGGAGGCCUUGGCGAGGAGGCGACAGCGAAUGCAAAAAGCCCCAAAACCAUAGAGGAGCUCUGUUCUGACUGAAGAAAUAUUAAUAUACUGCAAUGAGUUUUUACAAAACUCUUCAUUACAUUCCAGUUCAGCCACUUUCUUUUCAAGAAGUUCCCGAUGAUAACAUCUAAGAUGAUAUCAUGUUAGUGUUAAUAGUUCAGUAUUAAAGAUUUAUAACCGAAAGGACUUGGUGUCCAUUAAAAAGAAGUGAUUGUCUGUUGAAGAGCUGCUGGACGUUUAUGAGAAGUGAGUUUUUUUGCACAGAUAGAUGCAAGUCAUAAUAGAUAAGAGAUUUUCUUGAGCUUUUACACAUACUGACUGAAUAAAUAGUUUACAUCUACUGAACUUGAAAUACUUCUAAAUGCUGAAUAACACAAUGUUCUGUUCAGCUGGCUGCACAUAUUUUGGAUUUAAAAACUUCCUUUGCUGAUGUUUGUCUUUGUUUAAAAGUAAUAAAUAAUUUCAUUCCUUCUCGAACUCUAAUACUAACACACAUUAAAACACUGACAGGCAUUAAAACACAGUGUGCAUGUUUUUGAUUAUGUGCCUGCAACUGCUCUUGAUGCAUACUUAAAAUAUUCAUCAGUUUUCGUAACUUUGUAAUCAAAAGAGCAUUGCUUUAAUCUAAGUAAACGAAGACAGCAUCGUAAUAACUUUUCUUUGGGGCCAAACUACAAAUAAGAAAAGAACAUGUCUAUUAUAGAUAGCAGAUUUUGUUCUGGGAAUAUUUUUUGUUUGUUUUCUUUUCCUCUACAUUUUGCCUGUGUCACACUUUUCAUUCAUUUAGUUUUGCACAGAAUUAAGUGUCAUACUGUAAAAAGAUGUUUGUGACCUCUUAGUGCCUUAGUAUGCUGCAACAACUUGAUUCCAGCCGCUGUGACUUCACAACAACAUGAUGGCAGUUCUUCUAAUUAUCUGUCAUGAUGUUUAUGGUCUUUAUGAACACUUGUACUGUUACCAUUUUCUAUUCUUUUGCUACUUGUCAAACCCAAAACAAAGGAAUAAACAUUAGAGACUGAAUA